UUAGACCUUAAUGUUGCUGGCUGUGUGCUGCUUCGAGCACUACCCAAAAUAUAACAGAACUGUGAAGCGUAUUUUAUUUCAUGCAGAGGCGUUUUGGGAUAUUUGUCUUCCUCUCUGAGAGUUUCAGAGGAAUACCUGAUAGGACUCGACAAAGAGAAAAAAAAAUCGUUGGAGAGAAUCAGUUCAUGUUAACCGUUUCAUUGGCUCAGUAUCUCUCUUGGACAGAAAUAAAAGAUAAAAGAUGGAUGGUCAGUAAGAGUAACUCAGUAGAGAAGUGAAGGAUCUAUGAUCAGAAGCUGAAUAUAUUCUCCAUUUUUGUACGACAUGGACCGUCGCCAUGUUUACUCAAUUCUACCCGGGAUCAAGGCAUAAUUAUCCAGAAAAGCCUACUUAUGUGUCCAGCGCUUUUUUCGUCUUUGGAAUAUUUAUCAUUUUUCAACUGCCAGAGGCUACAGGUUUCCCAGACAAUGACUGUAUAUAUCACCUCGAACAGGACGUUUUCGCGCACGGAAACACGUGUUACCAUGUCGUGAGCACGGGAAAAGACUGGCGUGGCGCAAAGGCUUUCUGUGAAACACGCGGCCAGGGAUUGGCUGAGGUCCAAGACCGAGAUGUCAUGGAAUUUCUCUCGAGGACACUUCACGGUCUCACCCAUAGCACCGUGUGGAUUGGAGGGAGUGAUGUGAUCAACGAAGGCAGUUGGAUGUGGACCUCAGGUCAAGCUGUGACCUAUUUCAACUGGGCUCAGGGUCAACCGGAAACUCUUUGGCCUCGAUAUCACAACGAGGAUUGCAUGGUAAUGAGAAGAGCUGACGAAUGGAAAUGGAGUGAUUUUCCUUGCGCCGGCCGAUAUUCUUCGUUUUCAUUUAUUUGUCAGUAUGAGUGCACCCCAUGCGAACACGUGAAUACGUCAACCGACGCUGUCACAAGAGAAAAUUCAUCGCCUGAGCAGACGACUCACAGGCCAAAACUUCUUGAAACAACCGACGGGGGUUGCUCUUACUUAUCUCAAGAAAUAGGAAUUAAGCGUUGCGACUUGGGUAUAAUUAUCGGUCUCACUGCCGCGGGAGUGUCAUUGAUUGCAGUCGUUCUCGGUGUCUCAGCAUUAAUACACAGCGCAAAGAAAGCACGUUGUAUCGCAAGUGAAAUGGAGUCCGACCAGUUCAGACAAAGGCGAGGAUCGGAGCGAAGUCAGGAGACGCAACGCACAGUAGAAAGGUCAACCAUUCGGUCUGUUCUGGGGUCCAUAGAUCCAGUUCUCCAGCCACCUGACACAACGAGAGUGAAAAGUCAGCACAAUUCGCACAAUCUCGUCUACCACAAUCCCAGCAUUGUGUUCCACACCAAAAGAAGCGGAGAGAACCCCCGCCGUUUUCACGACGUGUGCGGCAAAAACGUCCUGCAGUUGAAGUUGUUAGGUGCGCCAUCAUGGCCACUUUGACUUUUUUUAGUGGACAGCAUUACUAGCGUUAAUUAGUAUAAAGUCCGUCUAACGCAGCGUACUAAAGAUAGUUUGUGCACGGCGAUUUAAAAGAUGAUAAAGACUGAGAAUUAUGUCUUAUUAUCUGUACGGCAAUUCGUCAUUUCACCACAUACACAUUACCACCACAUACACACCGAUGUUGGUGUACUGAGAAAAAUGCCAGUGUACAUAGUAAAAAAAAAUUGAGUUCGCAAGUUAGACGUGCAAUUUUUAAGGUACCGUGGAAACAAACGUGAUUUUAAGAUGCACAUCGUAAGCAAUGAAAGAGCAACCAUCGGACUAAUGAACCAUCGGACUAAUGAACCUUCGGACUUCGGACUUAUGAAUCAUCGGACUUAUUUACCAUCCGACUUAUGAACCAUACUUUCGGACUUAUGAACCAUACUUU